AUGUGGUCUGCAGUAACAACAGCUCGUUCAUCGCUCAAGCACCUUGCUCGUGCUGUGCGGCAUACGCCGUCUAUGAGAAGCUUUGGAUCGGUAACUAACCAGGUAAAGUGGUUCUGACACCGGUUCUGCUACGGUCAGAUUGAUAUUAGCAGUGAUUUGAGAGUUUACGAAGGGACUGACAACCCUGCUCUCCUCUGUUACAGAGACUGAUCACGGAAGAUAUCCUCUCCAGGAAUGGUGCCUUGAAAUCUCGGUUUUACAGGUGAGAUCGAUUGCCGUUAUGUAACAUGUGCCAGGUUUUCAUAUUGGAAGCGAAUCUACACGUGGUUUGUUCUAUCAUAAACGUGUUCGUACGCUUCGAUAACAUUGAGAACGACCAUAUUAUGUUUCACGGAAACACGAAACAUUAUAUUCAGUGUUUUUUUCAAUGUUUCAUGAGCAAUUACACUUUACAGUGCGCCUUUGCAGUUCAAAAAAUAAAUUACCUAUACAGAAUUUAAAAGGCACACUGCCUUAUUACGCAUGGCAGAUGUACGAAUAAACUUUAUGUUUCCGAUGCUUGAAUGUUAUGUGGUAGCAUGACAUACAAAUGCAUAGUUCGACUUUAACUAUUGAAGUACAUGUAGCACAUCUGAAAACGUUGUCUGUCAUGCCACUAAAGCUACAUUUUACAUAGCCCAUUCAUGCAUCUCUGAAUUCUCUGAAGGUCGUAAAAUGAUCUUUUCACUCCAAAAAAAGUUAAUUAUCAAAUUUUGGCAUUGAUUACAGGCGUAGUUAAUCGAUAUCGAUCGAUAUAAUCCACUGAUUGUUAUUUAUUUAUGACUCAAAUCAAUAGAAUCAUAGUCACAGAAAAAAUAAUUUAUUGAUUAUGAUCAAUUAACAAAAAUCGAUAAUAACCAACAGUAAUCGAUAGUAAUCAGUAAAAAGCAAUUAUUAUUUUGAUGUAUAUGGUUUAGAUUCAUGUACUCUGAACAAACAACACUGACAAGACCGGUUACUUGUCCAUACAGUUUCAAAUAAUGUAACACACAAGGUACAGCAAAUGAUUUCCUUGUUUAUUUUAGCAAAUCACUAAAACGCCGGAAAUGAAUGUGUCUAUAUUUGAGGUCAAACGUCUGAUCUGAUCAGCACUGGAGAUCAAAUUCUUUGAACUAUAUUUCUUGCAACCUGUAUUAGACUGUCACCCUGUAUUAAGCGGUCACUUAGCCAUUUCUGAGGCUGACUCCUUAAUACAGGUUCAACUGUAGAUCUCUACGUGUCCAUUAAAUCCUGUGCCAUUGACUGCACCUUGCAUUUCUUUCCUUGCCAUCUUGCUCACACUGGAAUCCAAUUCAACGCAGUAUAUACAGGGGCAUUGAAGUCCUCCAGAUCACUGCCAUCUUUUGGCAUAAGGGGUCAUACUUUGUUUGGCCAAAGCUGUUAUUUCACUGUGUAUACAAAUCUUUUUAGUUUUUAUCAAUUAACAGAACUACAUAAUGUCACCACUGAAUGACUCAAUAGUACCGUAGAGACAACAUUGUGUUAAUGUUGAACUUCUACUGAUAACCUACAAUGUAAGUGUUUUCUGAUAAUAAUCAAUAGUGAUCAAUGACAAUCAGUAAGUCAAUCAUUAUCAAACUAAUUGAUAUUAAUCAAAUUCACAACUUUUUCUUUGUCGAUUUCUAUCAAUUGAUAUCAGAAAUCGAAUGAAUCAAACUAUCUGAUGUUAUUGGUUUAUUGAUUAACUACAACUGGAUUGAUUGUUAAUCAGCUGGUCAAAGUUGAUGAAAUUGGCUCUGGCUGUCUAUCCAAAAAUUGUUUUAUUUGAUGGGUUAUCCUUUCAAGAUACUGUAGGACUGUUAAAAUUCAUUCAUGUUAAAUUCAUUUAAUUCAUUGCUUGGCUGUUUUGUCUUUUGUGACAUCAGCUCUGAAGCAGUCCGUGGCGCAGUUUGUGGUAUUGAUCUUGGAACAACAAACUCCUGUGUGGCCGUAAUGGAAGGAAAGACACCUAAAGUAUUAGAAAAUGCAGAGGGAUCAAGGACCACUCCCUCUGUAGUGGCUUUUACCCCUGAUGGAGAGCGACUUGUUGGCACUCCAGCCAAAAGACAGGUUAAUGCAAAACCAAUGCAUGUAUUUUUAUAGUGUGUUUGAAAAAUGAUGUCCAGUGUUCAUUUUAUGUUGCAAUUGUUAUGGACAUGUAUUCUUGUUGUCCCUGAUAUGGACAUGCUGUAGACCUACAUGUACACAUUAAGUAGCUGUUACAAUGUGCACAUAAAAGGCGUCAUUUUACAUGUAUAUCACCUGUAUCACAAGCUUGAACUAACUUUAUUAAGCAUACCCAAAUUCUUGUCUUAAAUAUUUAUUCUCUAAUAUAAUCCUAUAUAGUUGUGCUAUAGAAAUCGUGUAAUUACAUAAUUUUAAGUCAUAAAACUUUAGCUUACGUGUACAGGGUGUCAAUUGUUGUUGUUUAUUAUAACUGUAUUUUAAUGUUUUAACUUUAAUGUAAAUUAUUUGUUCUUAGGCUGUAACAAACCCAACAAAUACAUUGUAUGCAACCAAGAGAUACAUUGGACGACGAUUUGAUGACAAGGAAAUAAAGAAGGACGCGUAAGUACUAUUUCUUAUUAAAAGAUAUUUCAUCCAGUGGUUUCAUGUCUAUGUUACAGUUCAAAAUUAAAUUCAGCUUAAAAUUUUUUUACCUGGGUUGAUUCUCAAUUUCCAUUUGCUUAAAGCCCUAAUUUGUGAAUUAUUAGAGGUAGGAGACAAAUAAAGUGAGAAUCAACCUACUGCAGGUUGAAAAUUUUAACUUGAAUAUAAUUUUGACCUGUAACAGAUAUUUAUUUUUUUCAGAGAAUUGAGUCUGUAGUUGCAUGACCAUACACUAUGAAUUUUGAUUUUGUUUUUCUUGUGCGGUCUAUUUUCAGGGAAAGUGUGUCCUUCAAGAUUGUAAAAGCUUCUAAUGGUGAUGCCUGGUUUGAAGCUAAUGGCCAGAUGUACUCACCAAGCCAAGUAGGAGCUUUUGUUCUCAUGAAGAUGAAGGAAACAGCUGAGAGCUAUUUGGGGACAACUGUCAAGAAUGCUGUCAUUACAGUUCCUGCAUACUUCAAUGAUUCUCAAAGACAGGUUUGUACGGUAUUAGAACUAAACAAACGGUGCUGUUGCACGUAAUUAAAAAAAAAAGGUGUGUUCUUAUACAGUGUAAUUAGAGAAGUUAAUAAAAUGCAAUCAAUUGCCACUUUUUGCUCCACAAGUGUGUACACUUGCUUGUAUGCAAUUGGUAAAAACAGCCUAUCAAAACUGUUAAUUAAUAAUAUUAAUAAAUAUUAUUAUUAUUAUUGACAAUUUUAAUCUUUUUAUUUAAUCAUCUAUAGCUUGGCGUCAGUUCUACUGUAUCCUUAAUGACAGUGCCAUUUUUGCAAGUUGUCAGUUGAUGAUUAUGUUGAUAUAUGAUUGAUAGACACAUGAGUAACCAGGUAUUCUUUUAUGUAGGCAACCAAAGAUGCUGGCCAGAUUGCUGGUCUGAAUGUACUGCGAGUGAUUAAUGAACCAACAGCAGCUGCCUUAGCCUACGGAAUGGACAAAUCUGAAGAUAAAAUGUAAGUUGACAUUACAUACAUGUAAAUCAAUCAUGUGCGUAAAUGUACUUAUGUCAUUCUAUGCACAGAACAAAGUGGUGUCAUCAAUUUACAAGUACUUUUAAGAAUUCAUAAUCAGUAUCAAAAAGUGAUUUUUAAAUGUGAGGAAAAUCAUUUAUUUGUGGCCGUGGUUUCUAUACGUAAAAUGCAACAGACUGACAUGGUAAAAAAAUUUAACUGGUAUAAAGGAUAGUUUUUUCAUAACCUCCUGAUUGUGGAUUAAAGGGCUGCCUGGAAAAAGAGUCUCAGGUAACUUCAUAUAAACCGCAAAUAUCCUACCUCCAAAUUGCCUUGCAGCUGCUUGUGAAACAAAAAUGUAGAAGUCUAGCAAUAAUAAUAAUUAUUGCUAGACUUCGUGAGAGUUACAUAGGGUUUUUCCCCAAGUAUCCUUCCAGAGAUAAACUGAAGUAAUUAAUCCAAUUUUUCCUUGAGCUUUGCCAAAAACGAGACCUGUGUGGUUGUUCUUACGGUAUGUAAGUCUCCUUACAUGUAAGUCCUCUUUUUCCCAAAAAAACAAGUGUAUCUUGAAGUGGAUUGAUUUUUGGCAUUGAAGUGUUUCAGUACAUGUAUAUGUAACUAUGGGUGCUCUGUAGCUUAUCAAAUUGUGAUUGAGUGAUGUAUUUUUUAUUUAGAAUUGCAGUGUAUGAUCUUGGUGGUGGUACAUUUGAUAUCUCUAUCUUGGAAAUUCAGAAAGGAGUGUUUGAGGUAUAACCAGUUUUCAUUCUGAUGCAACUCCAGGCAUAAGCUUUUUGAUAUUUUUAAUCAUUGUUACAUUAAGGCCUGUGUAUAGCCUAGUGUAGUACAUGUAUAAAGAAUUUCAAGUUAAUUCAGUUGAGCUACAUGUACAGUUACAAGUGCAUUUCAUUGAUAAACUAGAAAUACAUCGUAAGAACCAUUCUAAUGUUCUGUUAUCAGCCCCUUUACUCAAUCCACUCAAUUCUAUGUAAGUUUCUAUGUACAUGUAGACCACAAAGUUUGAAUACAUUGUGUGCAGUGGCAACAGCAGGUUAACAGGAUUUCCUUUUGAAUAAGGUGGGGAUACAUAACAUCUUACAAAAUAACAUGGACACCUUAGGUCAAAAAAUAUUUCUUACCCUAAAGAAAAUGAAACAAUAUUAUUUUAUAUACAUUUAUUUUUUCUUUUUUACUGAUUUACAGGUGAAAGCCACAAAUGGUGACACAUACCUUGGUGGAGAAGACUUUGAUAGCACUAUUCUCAAGUACCUCAUAUCAGAAUUUAAGAAAGAGGUGACAAUCAUUUGAAACUUUGUGAGCUUUGAGAGAAAGAAAGAAAUUUUUGAAUUUACUGAAUUACAGUACUUGUUUUAAAAUUAAGAUACUCAAGAUUUGUAUUCCUGAACUCAUACUUAAAAGAAACAGCUUCAUUAUUCCCCAUUUACGUUGUACUUUUUUGGUGUGGACAUUUCUGUUGGUCCAGAAAUCAUGCUGUCUCUUCCUGUUUGACCCAGUAACCUCUAUGUGCCCACAUCCCUUUAAAAUUGUAUUCCUUGUACAUUCUAUAAACUUGUAUAUUUGUACAUGUAUUCCUUUAUGCUCGACACUGCCCAAAAUGCAAAUUUCAAGAAAAUACAGGCAUUUUUUUAUGCAAAAAAAUGAAAAGCUAGUAAGACCUUGAUAAAAAUGUACUGCUUAAGGUUGCACCUAAAUGUAUGCACCAUGAAGAAUGUAAAAUAUGGCAAUAUGCCCCAUGUCUGGGUCCCCAUGUCACCCAAACUGGGAACCAUUAAUGGUAGUGUUCAGAAUGAAAGUUGUUCAUUUACAUUGUAAAGAAGACAAUGUUGUGGAUUAUAGAGGAUCACAUACUCAGUAUGUUGGGCAACUUUCAUAACCAAUAUGCAUGAAAGACUUAACUAAUACAAAAUUCAUGUGAAUUGUUCUGUUCCAAAUCCUAGAGUGGUGUUGAUUUGUCCAAGGACAACAUGGCUCUUCAGAGACUCAGAGAAGCGGCAGAGAAAGCAAAGAUUGAAUUAUCAGCAUCUGUGCAGGUAACUUUAUCUACAUUUUGAUUCCAUUUCACUCUCGACUGAUAAUAAAAAGGCCAAUGUCAUACAAAUAAAUUGCACAUAGUCUCAACAGCACCAUGGUGUAGAAGAAAUCAGCUCUGAUUUCAGUUAUUUCUUGCAGAGAAUGAGAGGUUACAAUAAAAUCAAUUAUUGUAUCAUAUAAUUAACAUAAACACAAGUACCAGUAGUCAUUUCCAAGAAGUGCUCUGUCAAUUUACUUUGAUUUUUCAUCCCUUAUGAUUUCAUGGAGACUUAAAUUAAUGGUAGUACAUGUAGUAAGUACAAUAUUUAUUGUAAUCAUCAGCAGUGUAGGGAAGUGCAGUGCUGCAAUGCCUAUGGCCUGUACCGUACUGGUUGGAGUUGGAGAAGCCAACAGUAUCAAAAGGGAUAGUGGAAUUAAAAUUCUUGUGUGUAGAUGCCCUGCGUCAAGAUACUUGUAUAUAACAUGAGACUGGUAUAUCAGUGGACGCCUGAAAUACAAUAAUUAAAUUUCCAGUAACUUGUGGUCACUAGACUGCUUUGAAAGUUGCAGGGAAAAAUAUAAAAGUAUUACAAAAGGAUAGUGUACUAGAUGAACCUCUGUUUUGCUUCUGUAGACAGACAUUAAUUUGCCGUAUAUCACAGUGGAUGCCAGUGGUCCAAAGCACUUGGCUAUGAAACUCACUCGAGCCAAGUUUGAAUCCCUGGUUGCAGACCUCGUACAGCGGACAAUAGAGCCAUGCAAGAAAUGUCUGCGAGAUGCUGAUAUCAAUAAAAGUGACAUAGGUGAUGUUUUGCUGGUUGGUGGAAUGACACGGAUGCCCAAGGUAUUUUUGGUUUUGUUGCCUUUCACUGGACAAAAAAAUGGAUUUGCACCAAUUUGCUCCUUGCAAAAUAUGUCGUAAAUUUGUAAAAACAGAGGAGUAAAUAUGGGGCAAAGAUGGUAAAUGCCUAGAUAUUUAUGCCACCCUGUUUUUUGGUAGCCAUAUUAAUUUUUGACUCCUCCAUUUUAACAAAUUUGCGACAUACUUGCAAGGAGCAAAUUUGUGCAAAUCCGAUUUCCAGUCCAGUGUUUUUAAAACAGUUGGCAGACAUUCUGCAACACCACCACUGGGUUCACCAUGGAAUGACAACUGGGUGGUGACAUGUCAUCAGUGUAGAAUUUCUGCGUUCCUUCCUCAGAUGUUAUUUCACAAGGAAAUCAAUGCCAGGUGUUUUCUAAGGCUGUUAGUUUAGUUGUGGUUAGAAUUAAAUUUUAUUAACCAGAUCAUGAGUCCUGCAAUUUUUUUUAUUUUAUAUAUACUGGUAAUAAUAUUAAAAAUAUAAAUAUAGGAUUGUUGUUCAGAAUAAUUUUCUUCAGUCAGGGCCCAUGUACAGUUGUAACUUGUGGUAUUAGGCUAACACUAGUCACCAAUAGCAACAUACUUGUAACCACAUGAAAUUCCAAAUAAUACUAAUUUUUUAUUGACAUUUUGAAGUUGUUUUACGCUUGUUUUCCUUUUGUUCUAAACAGGUGCAGUCAGUGGUGCAGGAAAUCUUUGGUCGAUCACCAAGCUUCCGACAGUUGGGACUACUUCGACAACGACAGCCGCGACGGUAA